AUGACGUCAUCUCCGGCGAGUGGGAACGCUCUGGUUGUUGGGCUUAGCAAGGCUUUGCUGGUUUCCGGCGUGGUGUUUUUCUUGGGGAUUGUUUUGAUCCCCAACGCCGGCCGUAAUUGCCCGUCUCCGUCUUCCGAUUUGGCCAGCGUGGCGAAAUCCAGCGGCGCCACGUCGGCGCCGACCAACAUGAGCCACGUGAUAUUCGGGAUUGUGGGGUCGGAAGGCGCGUGGCACCACCGGAGAGCUUACGUGGAGUCAUGGUGGCGGCCGAACGUCACGCGCGGGUACCUUUUGCUCGACAAGGAGCCGACGGGGGACCUGCUGCCGUGGUCCCCACAGUCGCCGCCGUACAAGAUAUCGUACAACAUAACGGAAGUGGUACAAAUGACGAAACACGUGGACGCUAGGGUGGCGCGUAUGGUGCACGGGAUCAGCGAGAUCGUGGGGAAUGCGGGGGAGGGAGUACGGUGGGUGGUUAUGGGGGACGAUGAUUCUAUUUUUAUGGUGGAGAAUAUUCUUGAGCUCAUAGCACGGUAUGAUCAUACGAAAUUCUUCUACAUCGGCGGCCACUCGGAGUUCGUUUUGUCCAACUUUUGGUUCUCGUUCAACCAGGCGUUUGGCGGCGCCGGGAUCGUGUUGAGUUAUCCGCUGGCCAAAGCCUUGUCGGACGGCAUCAUGGGUUGCCUGAAAAGAUACUCGCGGUUCACUAGCGCCGACAAGACUACAAUGUCAUGCGUUGCCGACCUCGGAGUCAACAUUUCUCCUCAUGGAGGUUUUCAUCAGGUCAAUUUUCCCUAUUUUUCAUUUCUCUAG